ACCAUUCAACCUUAAUUUUGUCUCAAACUAACAUAAGCUUCUUCCUUGUCUCAUUCAAUUUCAUUUCCCUUCUCCCAAACAUUAAUGGCAUCAUCCCUGCAACCGCCAUUGCCACCACCACCACCGCCUCCAUCACCACCACCAUUAUUAUAUAAAGAAGACUCACCAGCUACUACCGCUGCCGCCUCUCCAGUCCUCCGUGUACCAAUCUCACUUCAACCGGCAAACACCAAGAGCAAGCGCGACUCCAAGUCCAACAAACUCUUCCGAAGGUUCCGAUCGGUUUUCCGGUCAUUUCCUAUCAUCAUGCCAUCAUGCAAGAUGCCAACAAUGAAUAUUGGAAACCGCGGGAAUGAGGUAUACAUCCAUGGCGGCAUGAGGAUCACCGGAACCCUAUUCGGGCACCGGAAAGCAAGGAUCAACCUUGCUUUCCAAGAAAACCCCAACUGUCAGCCAUUCCUGCUAUUGGAGUUGGCCAUCCCUACGGGAAAGCUGCUCCAAGACAUGGGAAUGGGGCUUAAUAGAAUCGCUUUGGAGUGCGAAAAGCCCUCCAACAACGACAAGAUUAGGAUCAUUGAUGAACCCAUUUGGAGUUUGUUUUGCAAUGGGAAGAAAAUGGGAUAUGGGGUGAAGAGAGAGGCUACGGAUGAUGACUUGAACGUGAUGCAAUUGUUGCAUGCAGUGUCUGUGGCAAUUGGUGUUCUUCCCAACGAGAUGUCAGACCCUCAUGAUGGUGAACUCUCGUACAUGAGGGUGUAUUUUGAACGUGUGGUUGGGUCCAAAGAUUCCGAGACUUAUUACAUGAUGAUGCCUGAUGGGAACAAUAAUGGACCUGAGCUCAGUGUGUUCUUCGUGAGGGUUUGAUCAAUGUGGCAUGUGAGAAAACGGACAAGGAAUUGUUUAGUUUGAAUCUUUGGCAAAAUGGUUGCAUCAUGAUGAGAUACAGUUUAAAAUGCGAUGCUUAAAUAUAUGGUUAGAAGUAGGGGAGGCAUUGCAUGAAUAUGCUUAAGAAUAUUUAUAUUUUCGUAUGGGUUAUUAGGAGGCAGUUUUUUUGUUCUUUUCUUUUUUUCCAAUUAGGAUAGACUACUAGUUAAGGACUUAAGGUAGAUGAAUCAGAGAGAUGAAGGUUUGUGUUAUGAAUGGAAGGGAAGGUGAUAGAAUGAAAGAUGGAUGUCCAUUUCUUUGUUUCUUUGGUAGGAAACAAAUUUGGUUCUUUUUUAAAUUUCAAGUUUGAGCACAUAGAUAUGAUUCGUGUAAUUUACUUCUUUGUAUUUUAUUGGAAUGGUGACGCAAAGAAUAUUUAAGU